UUGCUACUUUUCUUUGCGAGCCAGUCCAGCUCCUCUUCCUCUCUGUGAGUCCCUCAUUCUCUCUAAUCUGUGCUCCUGCUCGCUCGCAUGGCGACCGCCGCCGCAGCUCUGGAGCCCUGAAUGAGCAGUGCGCGUGCGUGCGCGCGGGGCUCACGGGCGCGUGGCCGUCGAGUUCCCUCUCUCCCGCCCCCUCCGUUCCUCUAUAACUUGGCUGGAUUGGAGGAGGCGCCGCCGGAGUCGGAGGGCGGGGAGCUCGGAGGAGGGAGCUUGAGAGUUGUGGAGACUAGUGACUGGGAGAAGUCGUAUCCUGCUCUCGUCGGCUUCCUCCCGCUCCCUGUCUCCCUCGCUCUCACACCUACUUCGCUGCCCGCUUCAGCCCGCGCCCUCGCUCCUUCUCUUGCUAGGAGAUCCCAGCACUUGGUUCUCCGGUUCUCGGCUCGGCGGGGGCGCCCCGGGGGUGCCCUCGCCCUCCCGUUGCGGGCGGACGGGCGGGCGGUAUGUGGCGUUUGGUGCCCCCGAAGCUGGGCCGCCUGUCCCGCUCGCUGAAGCUGGCGGCGCUGGGCAGCCUGUUGGUGCUGAUGGUGCUGCACUCGCCGUCGCUGCUUGCCUCUUGGCAGCGCAACGAACUGGCCGAUCGGCGCUUUCUGCAGCUCAAUAAGUGCCCGGCAUGUUUCGGUACGAGCUGGUGCCGCCGCUUCCUGAACGGGCAGGUGGUGUUCGAGGCGUGGGGUCGUCUGCGCUUGCUGGACUUCCUCAACGUGAAGAACGUUUACUUCGCGCAGUACGGCGAGCCCCGUGAGGGCGGCCGCCGCCGCGUGGUGCUCAAGCGCCUUGGCUCGCAGCGAGAGCUGGCGCAGCUCGACCAAAGCAUCUGCAAGCGGGCCACCGGUCGGCCCCGCUGCGACCUGCUCCAGGCCAUGCCCCGGACUGAGUUCGCGCGCCUCAACGGAGACGUGCGGCUGCUCACGCCCGAGGCAGUGGAGGGCUGGUCUGACCUGGUGCACUGCCCGUCGCAGCGCCUGCUCGACCGCCUGGUGCGCCGUUACGCCGAGACCAAGGACUCUGGCAGCUUCCUGCUCCGCAACCUCAAGGACUCGGAGCGCAUGCAGCUUUUGCUGACUCUGGCCUUCAACCCUGAGCCAUUGGUGCUACAGAGUUUUCCAUCUGAUGAAGGUUGGCCGUUUGCAAAAUAUCUUGGAGCUUGUGGAAGAAUGGUGGCUGUAAAUUAUGUUGGAGAAGAGCUGUGGAGUUAUUUUAAUGCACCAUGGGAAAAACGAGUUGACCUUGCUUGGCAAUUAAUGGAAAUAGCAGAGCAGCUUACAAACAAUGACUUUGAAUUUGCACUCUACCUCCUGGAUGUCAGCUUUGACAAUUUUGCAGUUGGUCCUAGAGAUGGGAAGGUAAUCAUUGUGGAUGCGGAAAAUGUUUUGGUUGCUGACAAACGAUUAAUCAGACAGAAUAAACCUGAAAACUGGGAUGUAUGGUAUGAAAGCAAAUUUGAUGACUGUGAUAAGGAGGCUUGUUUAUCAUUUUCAAAAGAAAUUCUUUGUGCUCGUGCCACCGUGGACCACAAUUACUAUGCUGUUUGUCAGAACCUUUUGUCCAGACAUGCCACCUGGCGUGGCACUUCUGGAGGACUCCUUCAUGAUCCACCAAGUGAAAUUGCCAAAGAUGGCCGCCUAGAGGCCUUGCUAGAUGAGUGUGCCAACCCAAAGAAGCGCUAUGGCAGAUUCCAGGCAGCAAAAGAACUGCGAGAGUACCUAGCACAAUUAAGUAACAACGUGAGGUAG